CUGGAGGUGUGUAGCCUCUGAAGGAGGAAAAAAUGAUGGCUUCCAGAUUUAUAGCAAAGGGUCCAGGUUUCGUUGAUCUUGGUAGUCAUAAACUAACAUCUCGGACACAAAGGUCUAUUGCCGCUGGAUUUGCAGGUUCUAAUACACUCCAGUUUGUUUCAGGGCGGAUUUGGGGAAGACGUAAUUGGUGUUCUAUUGCGGCACUUACCCACAUCAAAUGUGCUGCUUCAUCCGGAAGGAAUCAACAAGAACUUAGGUUCAAUGAGGACGAGAAUCGCUCAGAACCCUUUUGGUCAUCUCUUAUUAAAGAAGCAAUCUGGGCCUUGAGAUCGUUGCUUGUAUUUCUGCUUGAGCAGCCUGGACAGCUGAAAUAUAUAGAAUGGCCAAGCUUCCAAAGCACGCUGAAGACAGCAACUCUCACACUUGUUCUUGUGGCCUUUCUUAUUGUUGCGAUCGCAUCUGUUGAUUCAGCACUCUGUUAUCUAUUAACAUUAAUGCUUCGAAAAUCUGCAUGAUCCUGUGCUGCUUCCAAAUUCACACACAUUAGUGGGUUCUCAAGUUAACAAUUCCAGAUGCUGCCAGAAUAUCAUGGUUGAAUAGCACCACAGGCAUGUUUCCUCUAUACCCACAUGAAAUCAAUCUAGUUACUGAACUAGCAGGUUUGUCGACAGAAAAGCAUUAGCAUGUUUGCUAGAUCGAGAAAUUGUGGAAGAUAUGGGACAUUAAU